AUGGCGAGUACCAAAGCGGAGCAGCGGACAAACCUGAAAUUUCUAGCGAAACUGAAGAAAUCUCCGAGCGAAUGCUUGAAGCUGUUGCAAGAGGUGUACGGUGAUAAUGCGAUGUCACGUACGCGAGUGUUUGAGUGGCAUAAACGGUUUGCCGACGGACGGGAAAAAGUUGAAGAUGAUGAAAGUCCGGAUCGGCCCGUCACAGCAACAACAGAAGAAAACAUUGCGAAAAUUAAUGCAGUUGUUCGCAACGAUCGCCGCCUGAGCAUUCAGAUGAUAGCAGAAAUGGUGAAUCUUGACAAAGAAACCGUACGACAAAUUUUGCACGAACAGUUGAACAUGCGCAAGGUCUGCGCCAAACUCGUCCCCAGAAACCUCAAUGCUCCAGCUCACAACACUCUCUCGGUGAAGCAGUUUCUGGCCGAUAAAAAGGUCCCUGGCUGGGCCACCCUCCUUACUCGCCGGAUUUAG